AUGUGGUACAGGGACACGUGGAUAAUUUGGAUCAUUGGGAAAGAAUAUCACAAUACAUGGGAGCCAAUUCCAUAUAAAGCUGCUGUGUGGUGGCAGCAGUGUGACAUCAAAAUGCUGUUUGCUCUCAUAGCACUGUUCUGCCUUGUGGCGACCAUUGGCGCUGACUCAACAUGCCUCAACUACUUCCCGUUACAUUCGUCGUAUAUGGAUUUCCAUCGAAUCAACCCCAAUUUGGUGUGGAGCAAUACCCUUGCAAGCGACGCUUGCUAUGAAGCAAAACAAGAGGAGAUCACUGAUGCUAAGCAUAGGCUCGUAGCAACAAUGAAGUUCGACGGUAAGGUGAACAACAGGAUAGUUUCCGUAGUACGAAAAACUCUCCGCUCCGUGGACCGUUCCGAGAAAGAGAAGGUGCGAGACCUUCAGCCCAUGAAGUUCGGAUGCAACAGCAUGAACGAUGGAGUUUGGAUGAGGGUCGUUUGCCUUUACGACUGA